AUGGUGUCUUUGAUACUCAGCCGUUGGAUUCGUCGUAAUUGGAAUUGUACUCGGCCAGCCGUCCGACAAAUAUCAUCAUCAUCAUCAUCAUCAUCAGCUGCAACUGCAACUGUAACUGCGCCAUGGCUGAAGAUUAAAGACAGCGUUGAAGAUGACGUCAACAUGUUCUACAACUUUUUCAACGUUGCUGAUAAAACUGUCGAAAAAAUAGCAAAAGAUGAGAUAUCGAAAAAAGGGGGGUUAGUGGUGGGAUCUUCGCAUGGUUGGCUAGCUUUGUAUAAGCAGCGUACGAAAUCCGAGGAUAACUACGAUUUGUUACUCCACAAUCCCCUCUCUCAUCGUUCCGUAAAUCUACCUUCCAUCGAAACCUUGUCUAUUCCCACUUGCACCGACUUUAUUUCCAUAUUUGAAUUGAACCGUCCCAAAAAGGUCAUCCUUUCAUGCUCUCCCGACGACGAAAACGAAUGUCGCGCAAUUAUGUCUUUCGGUCCGGAUGAUAGGCUUGCCUUUUGCUGCCCCGGACUCGGUAACGAGUGGACUCCCAUCGGCGAUCUCUUUCACGAGAACGACCGGAUCAACGAGGAAUUCUUUGGACGAUGUAGUGACAACACUAGGGUUCCAAGGUUCUACGAGGACUUUGUGUAUUCCACUAGGAGAAAGAAAUUAUUCUGCGCGACAAAGUUCGACAACUUCGAGAGCUGGGAUCUUGCGGAUAUUGCUAACCCUAAAAUGAAUUGGAAGACGGCAGACGACGACAUGGACUUCGAUGACGAUAACUACCCUUGGACCGUCCGAUCGGACCUUGAGUAUUUGUUGAAGAAAGACUUUUGCAGCUCAUUCAAAUACCUUGUGUUUGCGGAGCGGUCCGAUCGGCUUUUUCUUGUGAGGCGUAACGUAAUGAAAGAAAUCGGCACUCUUGAAAACAAUGAUGGCUCUCUUCAUUAUUUCAAGAACGAAGAUGCUCCGUACUUGACUAUCGGUUUCGACGUUCACGAAUUAAUCGUUGACGACCCGAAAAAAGGAGAGCUUAGGUACAUGAACGGUGAGUUGGAUGGAAUGGCGUUCUUCAUUGGUUCAACAGGCCACGGAGUCGUCGUCGAAGAUGAACAGAAGGGUGUGGAGCCGGAUUCCAUCUAUUUCACCGACCCAAAGGAACUCACUCCAGAUCCUUAUGAACAAGAUUUAGGAUUAUACGGUGGCCACGAUUUAGGCAUCUUUAAUUAUCGACAAAGGACUUUCUCAACGUGCUACUAUCCGCGUGAUCCCCUAGACAUGAAUAAAAUUGAUCCGACACCAACAUGGUUCACCCCAUCCCCUAAUUAG